AUCAAAUUGAAUCCACUUAAGAAACCCAUCAACCAAUAUGAAGCUCACCUUCUCUUUCCUCUUCGCCUUGGCAGGCCUCCACUCAGUUAUCGUUCAGGCCCAGAGUCAAGAAAACUGUGAGGCAGAUGCCAAGGAGAUCAAUGAGUACUACCGCGGAGAGCCGUACGAUAAUGAUGUGACAUCCUGGCUCCAAUCAUCAGAUGUUCGCGAGAUUCAUCCGAAUGAGCCUAUUACUAUGGAUUUCAGACCUGACAGACUGAACGUUCUUCUUGACGAUGACGACAACAUCAAGAAUGCUGGAUGCUAUUAAUCUCGUUGUAUCUGAUGGGACAGAUAGGAUGUAUAUCUUGAUUUUGGGAAGAAGGUGAAACGAUUGGAUACAUUAUGUAGUAAUCGAACAUAACUGAACUGCAG